AUGGAAGAAGCCUUGAUGAGCGCUUCCACAAUCGCUGACCAGCGUCAGAAGAUCGAACAGUACAAACUCAUCCUCUCCUCUGUUCUUUCCUCCAACGACCUUCUCCAAUCCAAACACUUCAUCAAUCACAUUCUGUCCGAUGAUGUUCCUUUGGUGGUUACGAGGCAGCUCUUGCAGUCUUUCGCGCAAGAGCUCGGGAGGUUGGAACCAGAGACUCAGAAGGAGAUUGCUCUCUUUACACUCACCCAGAUUCAGCCCAGAGUUGUCUCCUUCGAGGAACAGGCACUUGUUAUUAGAGAAAAGCUUGCGGCUUUGUAUGAGUCAGAGCAGGAGUGGUCAAGAGCUGCUCAGAUGUUGAGUGGCAUUGAUCUUGACUCUGGAAUGAGGGCUGUUGAUGAAAACUUUAAGCUCUCAAAGUGUAUCCAAAUUGCUCGUUUGUAUCUCGAGGAUGAUGAUGCUGUAAAUGCAGAGACUUAUAUAAACAAAGCAUCUUUCUUAGUGAACAGCAGUCAGAAUGAAGUUUUAAAUUUGCAGUACAAGGUCUGUCAUGCUAGAAUUCUGGACAUGAAACGAAAGUUCUUAGACGCUGCACUUCGGUACUAUAGCAUAUCUCAGAUUGAAAAACGCCAAAUAGGGGAUGAGGAGAUUGAUGAGAAUGCACUAGAGCAGGCCCUGUCUGCUGCUGUCACAUGUACCAUACUGGCUGGAGCUGGUCCUCAGCGUUCUCGUGUUCUUGCAACUUUAUAUAAGGAUGAGCGCUGCUCCAAGCUUAAGAUCUAUCCCAUCCUGCAGAAGGUGUAUCUGGAAAGGAUUUUAAGGAAACCAGAGAUUGAUGCUUUUGCGGAAGAAUUAAGGCCACAUCAGAAAGCAACUUUGCCUGACAAAUCCACUGUUCUUGACCGUGCCAUGAUUGAGCAUAACCUUCUGAGUGCAAGCAAACUUUACACUAACAUAAGGUUUGAUGAAUUGGGAACUCUGCUGGGAAUUGACCCAAGCAAGGCGGAGAAGAUAGCAUCCAAUAUGAUUUGCCAAGACAGAAUGAGAGGUUCCAUCGAUCAGGAGGAGGCUGUGAUACAUUUUGAAGAUGACAUUGAGGAACUUCAACAAUGGGAUCAUCAGAUAUCGGGAUUAUGCCAAGCUCUCAACGAUAUUCUGGAUGGGAUGGCGAAGAAAGGCUUGCCUGUUCCUGUCUGA